AUGUUUUUCGUCGCCAAGAUGACUCAUCGCGCCACCGAGACCCUAAUCCGCCACCGGUCCCUCAGCGAGUCUGCAAUGGCCUGGCGGAUGAGUCUGUUGGUGGCUACGGACGCCGCGUGCUGGGUGCCCAUCAUAGGAUUAGGAUUAUGGUCUUUGGCUGGAUUCACCGUGCACCCACAAGUGUUCGCUUGGGUGGCUGUUUUCGUGUUGCCUUUGAACGCGGCGGUAAACCCGGUGCUUUACACACUGUCCGCGGUUCCGAUAAUCCGUCGCAGUGUUGUGUCAAACAGGAGGGCGGUGUCUCUCAGACGGUCUGUGACUAACGACCCAAAUCGCACAAUGUCCACGACCAUGGUGCCAUCUACUGUGCAAUGUACGGUGAACAGAAUAUACUUAUAA